CCCGGGGAUUGUGGUAAUCCGACAGCACCAUGGUACCGAGCGGGGCUGAGAGAACAUAGACAAGAGACUAUCGGCUAGAAAAAGGGAAUAUUUUGGAGAAAACAUGGAGGUUUAUUCAGGGAAUAUGCUGAAUCGCGGUGUUUUAACGAUGGAUAUACGAUAACUUCAGAAAAAGAUAUUUUUGUACAAUAUGGCGGCCAAGGUUACUCCGUAUUUCAUACUGACGGCAGGCGGGUUGACAGCUGCAAGUCCCCCCGAUGAUGAAGAAACGGAAUACUUGACAGAAAACCUGGCAAAGAUUUCACGUCAUGGACGAGCACCGAAUGGCAACUCACAACCGAAGAAACUUAUAUCGUUCACGAGAAAUGAGGUCACACAAAAACGAAUGGACUUAAUCCGUCAGAGGCUUGAGGAAUCGCGCGUGCGUUACACAGACGCUUGUAAAACCGCUUCCGUUGAUGGAAGUCGUGUCAGCAGGAGUCUAACCAAAUUGACUGAUAGAUCGGAAAGGGCAGUACCUAAGGUUGGCGACAAUAUCACACCACACACAUAUGGAAUGCCGGAAAGUCCUGAGACCAAACUCAGGACACGCAUUCAACAGAAGAAGGUAGAGAUGGUACCAUUAUCAAACAGCAAAAGCUCGGAGUCUUCGAAAGGCUCAUUUCCAUACGUGUAUUUUGUCGUAUCCGUAGACCGUACACAGAACCAAUCUGACAGCAUUCAGGAAUCAUUCGACGAAAUUCAAUCCAAGGAUAGUAGAAAAUACCGUUCAUCUCUCUUGUCACGAAUGCAGAAGCGCUACAUAAAAGAUGAAGACAGAACGAAAAUGCAACAGAUUGCUGGUGAAAUAGGUCUUAAGUCUGAUGUUGUGCCGCCUCCUUCACGGUCGUCCAUAUCUCAGCGGACAAUCUCGUUCCCUGCUUCCCACAAUUCGUCCUCUCCUCCUCGAAAUCCUCCCGCUACCCCAGCUACCAUUGGCUCGGCCUGCCAUUUUCAUGACAGUGACAAUGUGUCGCUGGAUCUGAAAGGAGGGAAAAUGUCAUCAAUUGACCUUGCAGACAUAAGCAUAAUAGGGACCAGUCGGCCUUCCACAAAACACAUGUCAACCCGUGUCCUGGAGCUGCCCUACAUGUCGGUGGAUAUCCAGAGGAAAAACCUGGGUACAGCUAGUGCUAGUACCACAGAGUCCAAAUCAAUGGAGAUUAUCUCAAAGUCCUCAUUGUCGUCACAAGACUCCGAGAACCGUAGGGUGCAUUUUUCGGACUCCAUCGACUUGCCCAUGAUUAAAGGUAGCCGAAUUGUUAUCACGCCUACGAUACCACAGCAGAUAUCUCCACGCCCUUCGACUAUGCCAGCUUUGCUGGGCAAAAAGGAGGCUGAGUUCAAGGAAAACUUCAAGGAGGCUUACGAACGCCAGAAACAAUUCCGACAUCAAACACCCGGUACUCCGAGACAAAGAAAAAUUGGAACGCCUUUGACCCUUCCAAAAAUAGAUAUCGUAUCUGGAGUUUACGAUGAACUCGUCAUCAAGGCUAUCGAGUCGUAUGUCCGGGAAUUUCCGCCUUCUUCAAAGCAAGGCCAGGUUGCGCGCCAACUUCUGAGGCAACUACAGGAAAGGUCAAUCUCUGCAGCUGACCUUUCUCGGAUGGAGGACCAAAGAAUGCGAGGACACAAAAAGCUAAGUAUCAAAGAACUUCCAGAUGAUAAAAAGGAUAGGAAGCCGGAUUACAAGCCGGAAAAGCAUGGCGGGGGAACCAGCAGACGGGGACAGAAAUCUAAAGAACGACUGUAUAGCACGAUAGCACCCACCUGUUUCAAAAUGGCGAGCCCCGGUGGGUUAGAGGAAACGAGUGCAUGUUCUGGAACCUCAAAACAAAGCAAAAAAAGUGCAGAUAAAGAACAGAUGAAUGAUCAGUGAGGCGAGCCUUCGAACGUCAUGAAUAUUGACCAAUAACGUGAAAUAUUGGUUUUCUAUAUGUUAGAAAAGUUUACAUUUGUAACCAAUGCCCAAGGACCUGCCGAUAUUGACUCGGUUACCGCUCAAAGCGGUAUCUUGAUAGUGCUGCGAUGGAUUUGUGCUAUCAUAGUAUUUGUUAUGAACGUAUUUUUCUUUAUUGAAAAAGUGAUUGUACUUUAAAAGUACGUACAGCUAUUAUAAGACAUGUCUAUAUAUUUGUGAUAUUAUGACAAUUCAAACUGUGUGUGACAUGUAGUGCACAAACUGCAGGGUACAUUAUGACAUCAAUACAUUUAUAACGUGUUUAUAAGAUUGGAUAUCUGUCUGGAAACAUUUUUCAUUAGAAUAUCGUUUUAAAUCCAAUCAGGAGAACCAAGAAUCUAAAAAAAUAGCACAAUACAAUUAAGUGAAAAUAAUUAUUUUACUUGUGUAAGACUAGACCUAUCGUCAUACGGUGUGCCCCAGACAAGGACUAGCGCCAUUUUAGCGUGACCCGGACUCGUCCACUCAUCAAUGUAGUGUGACCCGGACUAGUCCACUCAUCAAUGUAGUGUGAUCCGGACUAGUCCACUCAUCAAUGUAGUGUGACCCGGACUAGUCCACUCAUCAAUGUAGUGUGACCCGGACUAGUCCACUCAUCAAUGUAGUGUGACCCGGACUAGUCCACUCAUCAAUGUAGUGUGACCCGGACUAGUCCACUCAUCAAUGUAGUGUGACCCGGACUAGUCCAUUCAUCAAUGUAGUGUGACCCGGACUAGUUUAUACGACAUUGAAGUGUGACCCGGACUAGUCCAUUCGUCAAUAAUGUAGUGACCCGGACUAGUUCACUCGUCAAUGUGGUGUGACCUGGACUAGUUCACUCGCUAUUGUAGAGUGACCCGGACUAGUCCACUCGUCAUUGUUAUGUGACCCGGAAUAGUACACUCAUCAUUGUUGUGUGACCCGGGGCCGGACUAUUCCAUCCGUCAUUAUUGUGUGACCCAGGGCCGGACAAGUCCACUCCACAUUGUAGUGUGACAUGGGGCCGGAUUAGUCCACUCCUCAUUAUGGUGUGACUCGGACUAGUCCACUCCUCAUUAUGGUGUGACGUGGACUAAUUCACUCGUCAUUAUUGUGUGACACGGACUAGUCCACUCGUCAUUUUGUUGUGACUAGGACUAGUCCACUUGUCAUUAUUGUGUGACACGGACUAGUCAAAUUGCCAUUACAAUGUGGCUCAGUGUAAUCAUAGUCCGGAGCUCUAACGCAGUUCCACAUGUGAAUUAUAGUAGCAAUAAGACAAUGGAGAUUGUGCAGCAAAAUGAGCCACCAACAAAACAGUGCAAUUGUCCGACUUUCUUUUUCCCCCCAGUUUCAAGUCACAUCUCCGUAGCUUGGGGUAGAAAUAGGCGGUAUUGACGUGUUACAUGGUUAAGAGUUUCUUACCGAUUAGGAUAAUUAACCAUACUUUACAAAAGUAAAUUCAAACGUUUUCCAGACACACGUGUAUAUUGUGGAGAGAGGUGUAUAUUGGUCAUUGUAUCUAACACAUCCAUAUAAUAGUACUGCUUAUUAUAGUCAUUUGAUACGAGUUGAUAAUUUAUCAAAGAUAAGUGUGCCAAAUAUCAAAUAUCUUACGACAAUCAAAAGUCUGUGAUAAAUAAGGAUUGAUUGUGUUUAUCUUAAUGAAGCAAUGAACACGAUUAUCGAAAAUUAAGAACUUUUAAUUGAAAAUUUAACCCUAGUAAACACUAGCCGCAAUUGACCACUCGGCUGGAGUACUCCUCUUUAGCUCGAUCAGUUGAGUUUAAGAAGGAAAUGAAUAUUGUCUAUGAUACUUGGUUACAUUAAUAAAGAUAAUGAUCAUUUUCUUAAUGCGCAACUCAACUUUUAAACAUUAAAGUCUAGAUAUGACAAUAAUCCCUCCAAUCUAGCAUGUUUUUGGUACAUGUAGGUUAUAUAUUUAUGUGUGUGUGAUAGAUACAUGUAUAGAUUUUCAUCUGGAAAUAGCUAUCCAGGUGGUCAUUAAAUUAAAAACAGUUGUUCUUUAAUUAAUGAACCCCCCAAAACACAGUACAGUAAACAUGAUGAAUCAUUAAAUCGUAUGAAAAUUAGUUAAUUAUCAGUUUAAAGGUGUUUUGGGAGGUUCAUUAAUUAAAGGUCUUUAAACAAAUGAAAUCGUAUUGAAGACUUAUAAAUGAUGUUUCAUAAUAUCACGGAGGUAUUGGUAUGGUAUGUAAAGUGGAGAGACACGUUUUCGGGAUUACAUACGUUAUUGUUUUACAUACAAACGUUGUUAGCGAACGGGUAUAUAUACAAACCCAUGUCCUGUGCUGAAAACUGUGUCAGCUAUAUAGUUUUGUUGAAAAUUUAAUGGAUGAUGUUUAUGAUUCUGUUGAUAUUAAUACAUUGUUACCUGAAACAAUAAGAUCUAUUUUGAACUUCGUUAUAUAAGUCAGAUUCCCUUUGGGGUCAGGAUUUAUGUUCCUGAUUUUAUUAACAGUAUUUUUACAAAAACCCAUUAAAGUUAAUCGUUUCAAAUAUA